AUGUUAGGAUUAACUCGUUUUGCAAGUGGUACUGGCUAUCUGAAGAAGCUAUAUGAGCAAGCAAAAUCAUAUAACAAAAAUCCAACUAAUACGUUAGACAAGAUUUUUAAUUUUACAGAUAGUAGUCGGAAAGCAUUGAAGUCGUUAAUCGAUGGUUCUCUGAAAAAGAUUGGUAACCAGGCUGUUGAUUGGUGGAGCCAAUUAUGGAAGAUGGUUAACGACAAGAUUAAUGAUGGCAAUGCAUCUGGCUUAUUAAAGGCUGUUGAAAAAUACGGUGAAGGCCAUAAAUAUGUAUGGGGUGCUUAUGGACCUACUACAUUUGAUUGUUCAGGGUUAGUUUUAUAUGCUCUUAAAAAAGCUUAUGGAAUCAGCUAUCCCCACUUUAGUGGUGCGCAAUAUGAUAGGACUCAACACAUUAGUAAGGCACAAGCAAAAAGUGGCGACCUAGUAUUCUGGGGUUCAGGUGGUUCUGACCACGUUGGUGUGUAUGCUGGAGGAAACAAUACUUCAGUGCACAAUCACCAUCGCAAGGUAUUCACAUGA